AUGGCGACGCUGACACCCGAAAAUCGGAGGCGGCGAGCAAAGGAUGACAAGGAUGAUGAUCUUGAUGAUGCGGACGACUUCGGCGCCCUCUUUGAGGCUCCAAAGCGCGUGGCCCUCACUGCCGAGCAGAAGGUAAAGUUGGCAGAGUGGUACAACAUCGCAGAGACCAACCUCAAAAUUCAUCAGAUCUCCGAGAAGAAGUUCGAGUUCUUGUACUUCUGGGUGUCUGUCCUGCCAACCUUGGUCCUCUCUUCGCUGACGAGCGUGCUGUCACUGCUUUCCGACAUCUUUCCCAACUUCCAAUUCUGGGGCCUAAUCCUGGCGACUCUGAGCACUCUCAAUGGCAUCAUCGUCGGUGUCUCCGCCUUCUGGAAAUGGCAGGCGAAGAUGGAGAAGGGUCGCUUCGCCGCGCAGGAGUACGACAACCUCAAACAGCGGCUCAAUCUUUGGCGGACCAAGAUCGAGUACAACAAAAUGACCUUCCUCAUGGUGCUCGAGGAAGUGGAGCAGACGUUGAAUCUUGGGGUGUUUCUGAACGACAUCAUGAAAACCUGCGGCCCUCCAGAUGAGUAUCUGGUGGCGAAGGUGAAGCAGGAAAUCGCCAUGCAGGCGUUCCAUGCCGCCAAGCGGCUGGAACGCCGGCGGCAGCAGGUAGCGGGGUCAGCCGGGGCUGAACGCAAAGAAGACUUGCAGCAGCAGCAAAUAUAG